CUGAUAUUCAGUUGGAUACUUAUUGUUAUAUUGUUGAUAGUAAUCAGCGGAAAACUCUGAAAUUUAAGCCUUAUGUUAGCUGUCACAUAAGAUCGAUGGUUCAAUAUGAACGUCAAGGCAGUUCUACUGUACGGAGCUGAAACUUGGAGAUCUACUACAACAAUCAUCAAGAAGAUACUCAAUACCAGUUGACCGGAUACCAUCAGCAACAGUAUAAGUGAGAACAAAUUAACUACCCUCUGAGAUGGAAAUUUAAAAAAAAACGUUGGAAACAGAUAGGACUCACAUUACAGAUAUCACCAAACUGCAUCACGAAGCAAGCCGUAAUUUGAAAUCCUGAAGGGAAACAAAAAAGGAGGAAGCUCAAAGAAUACACUAUGUUGGAUAUUGGAAGCAGACAUGAAAAUAAUAAAAAAUUUAAUGGGAAACAACCAGAAAGGAUUACCCAAGACAGAAUUGAAUUAAGAAUGCUGUUAUUCGGCCUAUGCUCCUUCAUGAGGGGUAACAGGCCUAAAUAAUCAUUUUCUUGAUCAUCAUAUCAUAGAGAUUAAAACAUAAAUUAUUAACAUUCAUUAACAUGGAGCAUAUUAAAAAGAAAAUGUUGGCAAUGAAAUUAGACAAAGAGAAUGCUGUAGAUGAGGCUGAUCAGCUAGAGGCAAAAUUACGUGAAAAAGAAUUAGAAAUGCAAACUAAAGAUGAAGAAGCUGCAGAAGUGAUCAAAAAAAUUCAACAAGUUGACACUGACAAAGAAACCGCACAAACUCAAUUGGCUGAAACUAACACUAAAUUAGAAGAAACAGACAAACGAGCAACUGAGAACAAUCAAAAUCAUUCAGAGAAUGUUUCGGAUGUAAUUGAAUCCACCAAAUUCACCCCACGAGUUUCAUUUUACAAUACAUCUCGAGAGUCUAAUGAGCACACCUGGGACGGCUCAAUUGUGAAGAGUCAGGUUCAUAAGAUUAAGCACUUAAUACACAAAGGAGUAAGAAGAAGGAAUCAAGACAACUCAAGAAUAAAGGAAGAGCCAAAAAGGAUAAAAAGUUUUUUAACGCUACUUUCUUAUGACUGGAGAUUCGGCUACCAAAAUCGACUGUCGGAUGUAAUAGAAUCUGGAGUACAUCCAGUGGAAUUACUCGGACCAAGGUUAGAACCUGAGGGUGAAGACCAGGCGACUUUAGAGAGCUAUUCAGAGUGCAGGAAUUUAUUAUACGAAGGGACGGAUGAACCGUUAUUUUCCGAUUAUGGGAGCGAAAGUGACGAUGAAGACGAAUACAUUAAACGGAGACGCUGCUCGAAGUUCAUCGAUGACAACUCUGCUAUGGAAGAAGCUUUAUCAGCCGUUUAUCUUAAUUCCGGAACCCUCAUAAAGAUGGCAAUCAUUGGUGUUGAGCUGCAAAAUGUUAUCAAAGUUUCCUUACGAAAGGCUGAAGCUGAAGUCGCCUCACUACAGAAGAGAAUUCGACAGCUUGAAGAUGAAUUGGAAUCUACCGAGACUCGACUUCAAGAAGCUACUGUUAAGCUCGAAGAAGCGAGUAAAGCUGCUGAUGAAAGUGAUCGUGGUCGUAAAGUAUUGGAGAAUCGUACUUUCGCAGAUGAAGAACGUAUCAAUCAGUUAGAAGAACAAUUAAAAGAAUCUACAUUUAUGGCUGAAGAUGCUGAUCGAAAAUACGAUGAGGCGGCUCGUAAGCUGGCUAUCACGGAAGUGGAACUCGAACGGGCUGAGUCUCGAUUGGAAGCUGCCGAAAGUAAAAUUACAGAACUCGAAGAAGAGUUACGCAUUGUUGGUAAUAAUGUAAAAUCUUUGGAGAUAUCUGAACAAGAGGCAGCCCAACGUGAAGAGGCAUAUGAAGAGAAUAUUCGUGAUUUAACUGAGCGCUUAAAAGCUGCUGAGGAUCGAGCUCAAGAAUCUGAACGACUUGUCAACACUUUACAAGCUGAUGCCGAUCGUCUUGAAGAUGAAUUGGUCACUGAGAAAGAGAAAUACAAAGCACUCAGUGAAGAAUUGGAUUCAACCUUUGCAGAACUUACUGGAAACUAAUUAUCACAUGACUUCUAUCCUGUUUCCCCCCUCUCGCUCUCUUUUUUCUCUUUAUAUUCUAUAAACUGUUACUAAGUAUUUUUUUUCGAUCCUUACCCAACUGGCACUUUAAUUCAUUCAAUAUAUUCUGCUUAUAUGAUAUACAAUUAAUUUGUAUCUUAUUAAUGUCUUAUCAUAAACCAAAAAAAAACAAUGAUCAAUUAGUCUUUGAUUAUCAUUUCUCGAAUUCAUUUUCUCCUUCUCCCCCCCCCCCCCAAAUAUUGAUUCUAUUCCAUAUAUCUAUGUGGGAUGUUUUAUUGGAUCAAAAAACUGAGAUCAAUCAACUUUGUCAAAUUCUUUUCAUUCAUUUUACUUAUGUCACAAUGAUCCAAAUGAUGGUAACAUUUAAUUAUGAUGUGAUGAUUUUUCUUUUCUUUGAAUAAAUCAAACCUAUUCCUAGAUUUCCUUAUGUUUAGAACCUUAAAUUUUGAUGGCAAUUACACGUAAUUAUGCAAAUAAAUAUACAUAUACAAUAUACAUUUUCAACUU